CUCACGCGCAGGUACGCGAUAUCAGAUCGUGGAAUUUUCACUGCAAAUCCUGAUACGUGCUUCUUUGGCUUUGAGUCUGUUGGGCUUCUUUUUCUUUUUCCCGCUGGAGACCUCUUUUUUUGUUGUUUUUGUUUUGGGUUUUCUUAUCUAUCCAGCCAAUCAUGGCAGACUUCCCAUCCAAGGUUACCACGGAGACUGGUUCCCGGAACAAUCAGCGGAGGACCAACCGCCUCAGAGGGCUGGCAGCUCAUGUCACCGCGAGCGUGGACGUGUCUUUUAUCAGGAGCAUGGCCUCGGUCCUCAUGAUGGCUCAAAUAGUUUGGGGGCUGCUCCACUGGGCGCUGAUCGCCAGCGGGCCUUACAUGCGGGCGCCGGCCAACGGCUGGGUGCUGUUUGUGGCCGUCACGUUCUGGCUUCUCACCGGCAUCCUCUUCUCCAUGAAGCUCUUCGGCGCCCAGAGGAGACCCGCCGCUGUGCCCUGGCCGCUCACGCUGACGGUGUACCACGGAGUAGCCACGUUCCUCUAUCUGAGCGCUUUCCUGGCCAAUGCCGCGUCUGUGCAGGCCUUCUCCUCCAGCUACUUCUUCGGACAUAUGGCCGCCGCCGCGUUUUUUGCCGCAGUGGUGACGGCGGCUUACGGCGUCAAUGCUUUCUUCUCCUAUUUGGACUGGAAGGGAGACGGAGGGAACGCUGCCACCGCCACGGUGCCCACCUAGGAAUCAAUCAAAGAAAAACCUCGGAAAGACUUUGAUCGCUGCCAGGUCGGCAAUCGACAAGGAGACAUGAGAUGAUUAUUGUUGCCGACUCUGAAGAUGAAUGUGAAUAGAAACACACGUGGAUGACGUCGACACCGUAGCUCA